UAGUCUCUUCUCUGCAGAAGCAGCAGCCAUGGCUGCUGCAAAUCCAGCACAACCGCUCCUAGCUGAACUGACUUGUUCAGUGUGCACAGAUUAUUUUAAAGAUCCAGUGUGUCUAGAUUGUGGGCACAAUUUCUGCCAGGCCUGCAUCACUCAGUGGUGGAAGGGAUUGCAUACAAACUUCCGCUGUCCUGAGUGUAGAGAAACCUUCUCCCAGAGAAACUUCAAACCAAACAGACAGCUGAGGAAUAUUGUAGAAGCUUCCAGAACACUUACAUUGGAGUCAACAAAAGAACCAGAAGUGUGUGAAAAACAUGAGAGCGCUUUAGAUGUUUUCUGCCAAGAGGAUCAAACACCCAUUUGUAUGAUUUGCCACCUGUGCGGAGAUCACAGAGAACACACUGUGGUUCCCAUAGAUGAGGCUGCCAAGGAUUACAAGGACCAAGUUCGGAGCUGUUCGGUGAUUUUGAAGAAAGAGAGAGAAGAGAUUCUGUCAUUUAAAUUGAAUGGGGAAAGUAAAAGCCAGGAACUGCUGAAACAGCUAAAAAGGGAGAGGCAGAAGAUUGUGUCUGAAUUUCAGCAACUGUGCCAGUUUCUGAAGGAACAAAAGCGACUCCUGCUGGCGCAGUUGGAAGAGCUGAAACAGGAAAUUGAAAAGAGGAGGGAUGAGUAUGUUGCCAAACUAUCAGAGGAAAUAUCCUCUUUCAGUUCCCUGAUCAGUGAGAUGGAGCAGAAGUGCCAGCAGCCAGCGAGUGAAUUCCUGCAGGACAUCAAAGGCACCUUGAGCAGAUGCGAGAGGAAGACGUUUCAGAACCCAGUGGCCUUUUCUUCUGAACUGAAAUGGAGAAUCUGGGAAUCUUCUCAAAGAAAUGCCUCUGUGGAGACCAUAAUGAAGAAAUUCAAAGACUGUCUGUCGUCUAGACAGCGGUUGCACAAAGGUAAAUUUCUCGGAUCAAAGGGGGACUACACAGAGUCAUGCAGCACCAGUGAUAUCUCUAUAAAAGCAGGUUUUCUAGUGCUCAGCUCGCUGAUCUCCAACGUGACUCUGGAUCCAAAGACGGCCUAUCCCGACCUCAUCCUGUCUGCAGAUCAGAAAAGUGUGAGAUUAGGACGCACAUGGAGGGCUCUGCCCAACAACCCUGAGAGAUUUGACACUGAGCCCUGUGUGCUGGGCUGUGAGGGAUUCACCUCGGGCCGACAUUACUGGGAGGUGGAGGUGCAGUGGGGGGGAGUCUGUGCUGUGGGGGUGGCCAGAGAGUCUGUGAGCAGGAAGGGACGGAUCCGGGUUAACCCUGAGCAGGGGAUAUGGGCUGUGGAGGGCUGGGGGAAUCAGUACCGGGCUCUCACGUCCCCUGAGCACGGCACCCCCUUGUCCCUGAGCCGGGCACCCAGCAGGAUCCGGGUUUAUCUGGACUAUGAACGGGGGCAGGUGACGUUUUUCGAUGCUGGUAACGAGGACCCGAUCUUCUCUUUCCCACCGGCCUCUUUCGCCAGGGAGAGAAUCCGCCCGUUCUUCCAGGCUGGUGUUAGUGUCCCGGUCUUUGGGGUUCUUGGUACUGUGCGGCUCACACUGAGUCCCUGAGGUGCCCUGUCUGUCCCCAUGAAACAGGCUCCUCUAGACCCCACCCUCCUGAUCUCAAUGACCUGGAGGACUCAGCCAGUCUCCCUCCGCACAGACAG